AGCUAAUCGCUAGUAAAGUUUACUUGCUCGAGUUGGUUCGUGCGGCUUGGUUGAAAUUAUGUUGAACCUUUGUAUCCUAGCCUACAUUUUAAAAAUUAAUUUGGUUCAACUGAAUAGCUGAUCAAGUACACAUAUAGUUGACCCAUCUUAUGUUGCAGUUUUUCUCCAGACAUCAGCUGUUCUAUGGUUCUAAGUACCUACACGUAUAGCGAACAUACGAGUACGAACAGCACUAAAAAAUUUCACAACCGAAUUUCGUAAUGAACGAAUACACGUGUUCGUAGCGGAAGGCACUAAAAUGGAACAAGUUCCCAAACAAGCAGUCAGAAGACAAUUAAUAACGUUAAUUCCAGUAAAUAUGAACGCAUUGAUGAUGGGAUGUGCCAUAGGCUGGCUUCCAACCGCUAUAUAUUUCCUAAGCGGCGGCGAAGAAGAGCCAGUCGAAUGCUCGGAAUGUAAUUUGAUCGCAUCAUUUAGCCAGCUUGGAAAACUUGUAUUCGCAAUCCCUGGAGGAAUGAUCGUAGAUAAAUAUGGCAGGAAGAAGGUCACCAUCGGUGUCGCGCUCUUGAAUUUUUUUUCUUGGAUGGGAAUAUCGUUAUGGGCAAUGCCAGCUGUAAACUACGUUGGACAAUUCACUCUGGGACUGAGUCAAGCACUCACGCAAGAAGGCUGCCUAAUCAUCAUAGGCGAAACAGCAUCACCUAUCAUUCGUGGCCAGCUCAGCACCUUAUACCUUUUCUUUCUAGCACUAGGGGCCCUAUUACCACCCAUCUUCGGCGUAAUUUUCUCCUCAUACAACAUCAUCAACUGGACUGUAACUUUUUUCUCUUUCAUCGCCCUCCUUUCAAUGGCCAUCGCAUCAGAAACACCCAGUUUCCUGAUCAGCGAAUCGAAAUUAACCCAGGCGAGGAAACAUCUAUCAGAUCUCAGACAAGGAUGCUCCGAGGACGAAACAAAUUCAGAAUUUGAAAGCUUGAGAAAAUACAUCGAAGACGAGAAAGCUCGCCAAAAUCAAUUAGACUGGUGGAAAUUUCUUAAACUGAAAAGUACCUGGCAACCGUUACUAAUAUGCAUUUUGAUUAAGUUCUUUACAGCUGGUACAGGAAGAAAUUUACUCACCACCUACGUCACCACCAUAUACUCAUCGAAUGAUUUUAUAUCGAAAAAAUACUACCCUUUAAUCAUGCAAAUUAUCAUACUCCUCAUCAAUAUAAUCACCAAUUUUUACGUUGAAAAAUUCUCUCGCCGGACCUUGUUCCUAUUUGGAGCCAUUUCUAUAACCAUAUCGAACACAUUUUCCGCCAUAAUGAGUUACUUUUACAUCAAAAGCAACGAUAGCAUUUAUAAUUGGUUAUUCCUGAUGGGAAAUGUUCUAUAUUUGCUUUUUUUCAAUGGUACCGUGCAGCCGAGUAAUAGUAUAAUCCGGACCGAGCUUUUCCCUCAAGCUGUCAAAGGAUUCGGAGGAUCACUCAGUAUCAUAAGCCAGGCAAUUUCCACCAUAAUUUCGUACCAAAUAUACCUAACUAUCGACAAGUAUUUAGAGCUUUAUUACUUAUACAUUGUACUGGCGGCACAUUCGAUCAUGUUGUACAUAAUUGUGUAUAUUUUCCUGCCUGAGAGUCGUGGAUCAAGUCUAGUGGACAUACAAUCGAAAUUUCAAAAGGAUUCAAUACCGUAUGAUACGAUGACUUCGGACAGAAGUAAAUCUCAAUGUGAUAAGAACAAGAUGGGCAGUCUAGCAAUCAACUCCGUUUAGCAACAUCAAUCAAUCAUGGUGAUCAGAGACGUAGCAUCCCUUUUAUUUUGGUAAAAAAAAAUGAAGGAUGAGGCCCAAGAGAAGACGACGGAGCUCAGUGAGGUGAAAUUCUCAACCAAGAGAUAGACAUACUCUAAUGAUAUGAUGAAUAUAUAAUACCACUGUCAAAGAAAUUAACAGUCCAGAGAAUAUGCGAGCUCAGUGCAGAGUGGUACAGUUCGAUAAAUGAUAAUGCAGCCUCUUCAACUAAAAGCAAAGUUGAAAUACAAGAAAGUGAGUACCUAUAAAACAUACCUCCAUUUUUUCAAAAUGUCGAAAAAGAAACAGUAGAAGUUGAAAUAGCUACAGUAGUAUGUACUGAUUUUUAUGAAUUUCAAAUUGAAUCAGGUGAAAUUCCGAAAAAAUUGUUCUAAAUAUAGGUAACGAAAAAAUUAUCGAUUAAUGGUAAUUAAUUCAAAAUAAAUACUUCCUGCACAAUUUUAUCACCCCCCCUACUAAGCAAUUUACGUUACUUUUAUAAUUUUAAUUUUUUUCAAUUUUUCAAAUGAAAUUUGAGGUAAAAAUAAAUUAAUUA